UUUAGUAUAGCCAAAACGUAUUUGUGAAUCCUGACCAUUUUAUUCAUAAACAUCGAAAUGCCAAAAGUGAAAAGAAGCAGAAAACCCCCACCAGAUGGAUGGGAAUUGAUAGAACCUACAAUAGACGAGUUGGACCAAAAGAUGAGAGAAGCUGAAACAGAUCCACAUGAAGGAAAAAGAAAAGUUGAAGCAUUGUGGCCAAUCUUUAGACUACAUCAUCAGAAAUCACGAUACAUAUAUGAUUUAUUUUACCGCAGGAAAGCGAUCAGUAGAGAGCUAUAUGAUUAUUGUUUAAAAGAAAACAUUGCAGAUAAAAAUUUGAUCGCAAAAUGGAAAAAACAGGGAUAUGAAAAUUUAUGCUGUUUACGUUGUAUACAGACUAGAGACACAAACUUUGCAACAAACUGCAUUUGUAGAGUCCCAAAGUCUAAACUGGAAGCAGGCAAGAUUGUUGAAUGUAUACACUGUGGUUGUCGUGGAUGUUCAGGUUGAAACCUUUGUAAAGAAGGCAUAGAAUUUACUUCUGUGACAUUGAAAAGAGAGAGUAAUCUACAGAAAAAAACAGAUUUGACAGUUUCACUGAUUUAUGUUAUGUAUGGUGUGAGAUACAUUAUCAUGCAGUAUUAUGUUUCUGCAGAUAAUAAUGAUUUAUAAAACUAAUCCACUUCUUAAAUAGGAUAUUAAGUGCAUAUAAGCAUUUUGAAUAAUUUAAAAGGAAUAUUGUGGUCUCUUCAGUCAUUAUUUUUGUAAAAACUUGUUGAAUCUGUCAACUUUUUGUAGUUUUGCCUUAAAAACUGAUUGAUUAUGCAUUGUUUUUUUGUUAAUUAACUAAUUAUUAGGCAUAUCAAUGCUUCCGUUAAUUAAUUAAUGUAAUUAUGUUUGAUACAUAGAUCAAUAGGGAUUGCUCAUGUUUAUAAAAAAGUUACCGCUUACUUCUAAAUUACUACAAUUUUAAUGGCUUCAGGGAAAGAUUGGUAACAUUGGAUCAUAUUUGCAAAUGAAAUGAUGGUAUAUUAGUAGUGGAUUUAUUAAACAUAUUAAAGAGGAUGGUUUUUCAUGUAUUUAAAUUUUAGAGAACAAUUUGAAAAGAAUCAACCUUUUUUAGUCCAAAUGUUAUGCUACUGAAGGAUUACAAUUUCAUUUUGAAUUAGUUUUAAUGUUCAUACAUGUCAUAGUAGAACAUAAAAUGAUUUUUCAGUUAUAAAACAUUUGAUGGAUAUCGUUUUAAGGCUAAGAAAGACAUGUUUCUGUUUCUGGUUAUGAACAUGAAAAUGAAAAAUCCGUACAACUAUGUUGGUCAUAUUAUUUUUCCGAAAACCAAUUUCAUUUAAACUGGAGUAUUGUAUUUGUAUAAUUUAAAUAUAGAAUAGAAGUCUAAGGAAUAGAUAGUAAAUUUUCAAGAUACAAUUUUUGUUUUAAAUUUUAGAAUACUUGCAUGGGAAAAGGCAGCGACUCAAUAAGUAGGUCAGACAUUGUUUUCUGUCAAUGCAAGUCUUAUUGGAAGAUCAUGUUCUGAUGUAAAUAAAGUGAUAAGGUCUGAUACCAGAAACAUAACAUUUUUAGUGUUUGCCAAAGUCAAUUCUAUCAAAUUAUUAUUUUUAUGUGGUAAUUUGCUUACUUUGAAUAUAUUUCAUGAUUUUUUGAUGAUAUAGUUUAUAGUUUCAUCAGAUGGUCCAUUCCAUUUGUGUUUUACUUGUCUUCAAUGUAGUAUGACAUCUCCUUCAGCAUAUACAUUUCAUUUUUUGUGUUUAUAUGUAAAUGAUUUUGUAAAUAAACGAAUAUAAUUCACAGA